UUUCGAUGACGAAUUUUAUUUUUCUUGUUGUUAUUGCUUUAAUUUUACAAAAGAAAUCUGCUUAAAAUGUAUCGAUCAAAUAUGAAAUUCCUUUAUAUCUUCUAUUUGAUAUUGAUGAUUACACCGGAAAUCCGAACGGAUAAUGAAGUGAAAAUAAUAGCAAUACAUAAAGAUCCAAUCUGUGAAAGUCUCAAGAAUAAUAAUGGCACACAAUUCAACAUAGUAGCGAUUGGGACAACAUCGAAGCGAUUAUUAUUGAUAACAAAGAAUUACUAUGUAUAUGAUGUUCCAAUCAAUUCCUUGGAUCUGGUCCAUGAUAAAUUACAUCUGCCAACAAAGCCAACACCAAUCCGGGAUAAAUAUCCAAUUCUUUUUAACAGUCAAGGGUUUCGUCUAAUUCUAUCAGCUAGAUUAAAUCUUGAUGCAUAUAUAAUAAACGAUGGAAAAAAUGAUUGGGUUUUUUUUGGUGAGCGAUUAAAAGUUCAUUAUAACAUCGACACUUCUGAAGUGUUUACUAAAUUGGUCCCAUAUGAUAAGAAAAACAAAGUUUUUGUUUCAAGCGACAUGCCACGCCAUUAUUAUUCAUUAGUUCGAGUGAAUAAUAAUUUGUUUAUGAGUAUUGAUCGAUAUGAUGAUGAUAGCGAUUUUAGCAACAUGUCAACCAUACAAACUGAAGGAGCCAAAUAUUCAAUAUGCUCCAAUCCACAGAAUACGAGAAUUAGGAUGGAAAAAGGAAAAUGUCGUUCGGGCAUUCCGGUUCAAUGGCCAGUAUUGAAAGGAUUUGCGAGCGAUGGAAAAUUUUAUUUAUUCAGCCAAAAAUACAUUUUUAUUUUGGAUGAAGAUGUUUACAAUAAUCAAGGAGAAGAAUAUCCAGUGCAAAAAAUAAGUUUCGAUUCUUUCUUCAAUUGUGCGGGUAUUAUUCCAGCCAGUAAUGUUAUAACUAAAUCAUAUUUUUACUGGAUAAUGGUGGCAAUAAUAUUGUUACUGGUGAUAUUAUUGACAAUAUUGGGGUGUAUAGUUGUGCCUCGUGGUCGUCGAAGAAUGCGGUCAUCAUUUGUAAAUGGAAAAACUGGUGAUAAUCAAACCACAGAAGAUAUAUUUCCUACAUCUACAAAAUAUAAAAAAUCAAAAGAUAAAAUCUGUAAUAAGGUUAUUGAUGCAGGUGCAGAUUCUAAUGGUUUGUUAUACUCGUUUGUAUUGGCAAUAGGAAGAACAAAAAAACGGGUAUUACUCAUAACAAAAGGUUUAGAUGUAUAUGAUGUUCCAGCUGAUUCCUAUGAUUCUAGCAAAAAUAAAAUGUAUUUUAAAUAUAUGUCAACACCAAUGAAGGAUAAAUAUCCAGAUCUUUAUCAUAAUCCACUUUUUCAAAGUAUCAAAAAUAAUAUGAAUGUAGGGAUUAUGUAUGAUAGUGAUGGUGAUUGGAUUUGUAUGACUACUAAUAACAGUAAACAGGCAAUCAAUUAUAAUAUCGAUACAUCAGAAGUACAUAAAGGAUUCGUUUUAAGUGGAGAAUGGCCAGAAAUAUUAAUAUCAACCAACGAACCAUGCAAAUUCUAUUCUAUACAAAUAAGAAACGCUACGAAGGCAAAUAUCUUAAGCGCUACGGCUCUUUGGCUUACUGCUUACAAAUGCAAAAAUGGUGAUCACAUAAUCAACUCGGAUGGAAUAGAAAAAGUGACAGAUUUUAGAAUGCUUUGUUUUGAUUAUGACGACGACUAUAUUUUGAUGAUAGAAGGGACAAAGUGUGACAGUAAAAAGACAUUAGAAUGGCUAUUAGCAAGCGGUUUCGAAAAAAAAUUGCAGUGA